CUCCGUUCGCGAGGGACCUCCUUUGUUUUUCGUGUAUCGCGUUUUUGGAAUGGAAAUAUUUACCGACUUUUGGCAGCCUGGAGGCUGAUUCCCUGUUGUUACUCUUAACUUAUAUUUCGCCGUAUCAUCGCAGUAUAACGUCCGCAGCAUGGUUAGCACCGUCGAUACCGUCUCCCGCCCCAUGGAUUUUUUGACACUCAGGGAGCUUGGUCGAACAUUCCAGUCUGCCCAACAGAAGACUUUUGACGCGUUAACGUGUACACGAAACCUCAAACCAUUCAUAGCUGACACUUCCCCUAACAGCCGGUCGACAUAUCUGCUGAGGCUCAAUCCAACACAGAAGCUUCUGGCAGCCGCUCACGGUGACAGAUCAAUCAGCAUAUACUGUGCGGUCACUGGCUGUUUGCUUGCGAGAUGCAUGGGACAUGAACGCUCACCCUGGACGAUUUCAUUUCAUCCCUCACAGCCAUAUCUUCUCGCAAGUGGUUGUUUGGGUGGUGGACUGCGGAUAUGGAACCUAGAAUGUCUCGCAGACAACAUUCUUCAUCCCCAACCGGUCCGCAAUAUCUCCCAUACGACACAGUGGAAACAUGCGGGCGCUAUUGCUUCUUUGGCCUUCCAUCCGGUGCAUCCUAUUUUGGCCGUAGCUUGGACUCAGGAAGUCGUAUUCUAUGACUGGGUAUCUGGUCGGAAACUGUCCGUCUGGCGCUUUGUAUCAAACCAAUCACGUGUCCGUUGGUUGAGGUUCAACCCAGACGGAACCCUGCUGUACACUGCUACGGCCAAUCCUUCGAUGUCGAAUCAUGGCGAGACUAACGUACAAAUCAACACCAGCUGUGUCCCUGAUGCAUUUUGCUCAUCCAACGAGACAAGCCCCACUGCAACGCCAACUAAACCCAUUCACGAGAUGCCAUCGGAUGAUGUACAACCGUUUCCUUCAGGCAUUCCUCGCGAUAUGCUACUAGAAUUCCUCGUCAGCCAGUCGGAUUCAUGGUUUCAGCGACUCGGAGUUUGUAUUACGUGCUCAGUUCGGCUGUGCCGUUGGGCGGGAACAUUGAGACGUGAAUUCCCCUCGACCACCGUGGACGUGUGGCGCGGUCUUUAUGUUGCGCGUCGUGUGGCCGACUUGGCCGGAACGACAAUGAAGCUAGCGGGGGCCCCAAUAUCUCGCUUGAUCCAGGAGUUGAGUUCACUUCCAGGCAGUCGGUCGGAUGUAUCCGAGCGUAUUCUUCUGGAUGUGAAUCCGGCAGCUGUUGCCAUCAUCGAAGAUAUGCCCGUUAGAGAAUUUCUCCUUUCACGUGGUCGCUAUUGUUCGACACCGUCGAUUGUCGCAGAUAGUGGCCUUUGUUGUGGUGGUCAUGCAUGUGACCUUGUUUUGACCCACCGCGAACUUAUGCGACAUUCGAUUUGUCGACUUUGCCUUGCUGCUUUCUGGCGUUGGGCAAGUCGCUUCGUUAAUUGGUGGUGUUGGUCACGUGAAUCAGACGACUCUCCCAUGCAACCAGAAUUAGGCAUGGAACUUUCAGACAGAGAACAUUCUCAGAUGGGGAGCAUAACAUUUGCUGAAAGUGACUCAGGUGAACCGGUUCAGUCACCCAACCACUCGGCAGGUAUAUGCAUUCAGUGUCGUGCUCGCAUGGGUAGUCAUCAAAAACAAGCUACGGAGGAUCGUUCGUGUCAGGUCACAAACAACAUCCCGGAUCUUGAGACUUCCUCGACCGCUCGUCAUUCCCUACCAUUGGCCGCUCUGGACCUAUUGCGAUCUAGACUAAGUAAUGCGAACGAAGUGACUCCUGUGACAUAUAUGGCUUCGGAUCUUAUCGUCGAGGGCAAAUUGGCUAAUUACAUAAGACAGACUUUAAACGCACCAGCACCUAUCACACUGCCUUCCAUACACAUGCCCGCACUGAUCGUUCGUCUGUUGCAGCAUGCUACGCUGGCCCACUCGGAAAACUCGACCGAUUCACCCAAACUAAAGAGGCGCAAAUUAAAUGAAGACGCAAUAAGUACCAGUCCUCCAGUCGGUGUUUCAGACCCACAAUCACCGUGUUCGACCUCCGGAGCGGACCCCCAAAAAACGGUACAUGGGAUUCGCGAUCUAACCCAGGAAGCUGCCGAGCUUGCUCGUCUUUUAUCUAGCAGUACUACCGACGCUUCAUGGAAUCGUCCACGCCCUGUUCGCCUGGUCAAGCAAUUGCAACAAGUGGACAGUUUUCCUACUUCGCAGCUGUUCCCUUAUGCUACUUUUGGAUCCCAGUUGUUACGGCCAACUUUGUCUACUACGGCCUGCUCUCAACCUAAUUCAGGUUUGGAGUCGACAAGUGAUGGCGAAUGCAAAUUUGGAUCUGGCGAAUCCCGCACUGUAGAUAUGUCGACAGAUAUUGUACCGGCUACAGAUUCGGUUUCACUGACCGCCUGCUGCCGUUGUGGCCGUAUUGUCCCACAGACCUUCCCAAUAGAUCCCCAAUCGAGUUUAAGCGCGGUCGUAUGCGAGCAGCUCGUGCUUUCAGACGAUCACUGCCAUUCAGCUGUGCGUGAUAAUUACGCGCUGUCUAAACCCCGUGAUUGGUCUAGCACCCUUUCCAAUGUGACUAUGCCAUGCAGAAGGAUCGAACAUGCCCUUUCUCGUCCAGUACACACUGUGCAGUCAAGCGAGGGUUGCUCGUCUGUUCCUAACGGAAACUCCACUUCAUCAACACAAAGGAGCAAUAGUGUAAUGUACCUAAUCAACCGAACGAACGCAGACUCAAUGCUUAAUGCCGUUCAUCGCAGCAUUAACCAAGUGAUUGCCGGCCUGUUUGUGGACAUGGGAGAACAUGGAUCUGCAACCUGCCUACAGGAUACAACCUAUCGAGUUUGUUGUUGGGAACUCAAUCUCUGUGGUCCAGUAUGUCACAGUUCACCCGAUUGCUCUCCGCUCAACCGACGUACGGAUGGGAGACCUAAUCGAGGCCCAGUCCUUCCUAUGCCUGCGAAUGUGGCAGUCUCAUACAACACAAACAGCCUGGUGAUUCCACAUGUUCGGCUGUUCAAUGACUCAUCCAUUUGUCUCUCUCCAGAUGGGCGCAUGCUUGCGGCGUUUGUUAUUCCCAGCGCUACGCGUAAUGAACGAACGGGUUCACAAAGCGUGACCGACAGAUUUAGUACUUCGACGGACACAUUGUUGGCCGUUUACCGUCUUCAACCUAAACAGCACCGUGGCCAUUGUCUUUUUGCACGUCGAUUCACGACAACCAGUCCGGUAUGCUUAGAUUUUUCUCCGCUGGGCGACUACCUUGCCGUCGGUAUGGCAACGACUCGACUCCCUUCCGUUCCAUUACCAUCAUCCUCCUUAAGACGUUUAUCCGCAAACGUGAGUUCGGCACACGGUGAGCUGCCUAGCGUAGGUGGUCUUGAGGAUCUAGAUGGGCUUGAAUCUACUGCUCCGAGCCUCGUUCCUCUGCGUCACACAUCCGUCGCACAAAUUUUUCGUUUGGAUCGACAGUUACAAAGAAUUGACAACCAAGAAAAACCGAGGACCCUGGUUACGUGGACCUUGAAGGAAGUUGCAUCAGUUGUACACCCCAUGCUUCUAAACCCGGUCUCCUGUUCGCGCAAGUUUGCAAAAGGUGGACAAUCCGUUUCAACCACACCGGAUUCUUUAGAUCGAUGGCAUCGAUUAUUACUGUCAGCCUCGACUGGGAUUUCCCUCAAUACCAUAGUAUGGAAUCCAAACGGUGGUCUGUUCUAUGGGACAACCAAGGGUCUAGUUGUGCUAAUGGGGGCUCAACCGUUGCCAUUAGAUAGCAGCGAGCAGCCAACAGAACAUUCCCUCCUGAACAGACCAGAAGAAAAUCGGUCUGUGGUUGUGCAUACACCUGCAUAAGCCGACUCCUCCCUGAGUCAUUCAGUUUGAAUCAUUCACUCAACCCUUGUUUCCCUUUGCAUUUACAUUGCGUAUUUACCUCUCCACUCAAACCGGUUUCCCCCGCUCCACUCGCCUGUUGACAACAAUGGAAACAAACCCGUCGUAUUGCAGAUACUUUUCUUUAACACCCCGGUGGUACUAGACGGUACUCGUUUUAUUUUUUUAACCCUUAUUUGUGGCUGGCGAUUUACGUGUCAUCCGCUCAGUGCUGCUGUCGUUGACCCUGCUUAGACGCGAGCUGCACAAUAGCUUAACAUCAUUCACAACCACAACUCCAUUUGGUAUGGUAUCGAUUGUAGAUUUUCUUGUUUUUGUCUCUUCGUUUUUUAUCUUGUUUAACAAACUCCAUUCAUUCUCUUCUAUCUUGUUAAAACGCCUCUCAGGGUUUUUGUUUUUAGACCAAUCAACUAACUCACUCAGUCGGGAGUCUUUCAUUGGGCGUUCCACUUUCUCCUGGUUCUGCCAGUAACAGCAAACUUGUUUGUGGCUGGGGUGACAGCAGUUGUUUGUUUACCGCGUUUAGAUUUUGUUUUUCUCGGGAUUUCAUCCCAUGCUUCACAGUAAUCACUACCAUCCUUUUUUGGAACUUUUGCACAUGACUUGUCUGCUGCACUUCAUUUACGGGCACAUUUUGUUUCUACCACCCCUCCCCGUGUACAAUUCAUCAAGCUAUGUAUACCCAUAAGUUUCUUCAUAUGCAUA